AUGCCAACAGGGGCAAGUGGCGGCAAGAAGACGACGAAACACAGUGAGCCCGGCAAAUUUAAUACUACGAAGCAGCGCAGUAGGGGGAACCAUGAUAGGAGCCACAGGAACCACCAUCGCACUCGUGACGAAACCAACGGGUAUGACCAUAGAAACGAUAACGCAGUCUACGGCUACACCAAUGUUGCCUUCAACGAACCCAACCCUAUUGCAAACGACUGGACCGAGCAUGGAAACUACAAUGGAGUCGAUAAUUAUCAUCAUGGCACUUCUAACGGAAACCAGCUUAUCGGUGCAGAUCAUGCAUGGAACAACAACAGCUUUGGCAUACAUAACGCACCGGGAGGCCAGGUUUCCGUGCCACCAGGUUCUACCAACGGCAAUAACAUUGCAAUAUACAAUGCACCUACCGGCAAGAUUGUAAUGCCGGCCAAUGUAGCCGACACCAACAACCUUGCCAUACACAACGCGCCGAACGGCAAGAUUGUCAUGCCAACCAGCGGUGCCGACGGCAGUCACAAGAAAUCAGCCAAGUGCGGGCGUUGUAGAGAAAGAUUCGCGACGCGGGAAGAUAA